UUGUACACUUCAACUCAAAAACCAGCCUGGGGUGAAGUGUUAAAUGCGGUGAAUGCUGUUGGUAGAGUCACCCGCAAUGUUACUGAAAUUCGGUGGAAGUUUUCUGAUCUUCGUGUUAGCGUUAAGAAAAAAGCAGCACAAGAUAAGAAAUAUGCUGGUGGAACAGAAGAAGAAAGAGAACCAACCCCCGGACCCUCAGGAGCUAGGUUUACAGCUACCGGUAGUUGUUUCCGAGAGGAAUUUAUGUUUCGGCCCGUUCAAGAGAAAGAUGAUUCUAUAACCCUCAUUCUGAAUGAGGAUAUACAGGAACAUGAUAUCACAGUACCCAUUGUGCAUUUAGAACCUGAAACUUCAGCACCUACAAACAUUCCUGGAAUUUCAUCAUCCGGAACAUAUGAGGUAGAAACAUGUAGUUCAAGCAAUACUCGUCAACCUAUUGCUGCUACCACGGAACAGCGAAGUAGGUCUAGUACCCCUUCUGCCACAGCUGUUAGGUCAACUGUAACUGGUGAUUCCACUGAUGAAAUGGGUUCAUCUCCAAUGCCAAGUACGAUCAGAAGUGGCAGGAGGCCACGAACCUCUUCUGCCCGAAAAGAUGAAGAUCUUCUUCGAGAGAUGCUUCGUGUUCAAACACAAAUGAGGGACAGUUUUUUACAGCUUGUAGCGAACACCGAGUGCAUUGCAUCUGCAAUGCUAUGCAUUGCAAGAGUUAUGCAGUCGAAAAAUCCUAUCCAAUGAUGCUGUGUUUAUGGUAUGUGUAUAUGUAGUUGUUUACUUAGGUAAGUCCUUUACUUUUGGUAAAUGUGAUAAUAGCGUAGUUGAAAAGUCAUCAAACACUUAUUAUAAAUUUUCCUUUGAGUGAUUGUUAUGAAGGAAGACGGCAUGUUAAAAAAUUGUGUAACUUUCACUUGCAGCCUAUACUAGUCAUGAAAAUGUAACAGGAAUAUUUAGCUCUCCAUAAGUUCAUUAAAAUCACGAAGUUAAGUGAAAGACACACAUUUGUCAACUAAUAACAUGUGUUGCAGUGCUACUACGGGUAAUGUUUACCCAAGUUUUGGGUAAAAGUUCCUACCACACUCAAAAUUAUAUGUUUGAAAAGAGGCUCAUGUACUUAUUUUUAUUUUUUAAAGGUUCCUUUA